GGUGUAAAUGAUUAGAAGCGCUAGGAGUGGGUUGGGAGCUCUGCUCUUCUAGCUCUAGAAAGAUGCAGAACGCGAUUGCAGAAAAGAAGCUGCUGAGUCAAACAGGCCACCUGACGCGCGGACUCAACCGCUGAAUCACCGCUGUGUUAAUCCCUUUCAGACCGCAUUCCGUGACGGACUGAACGGUUCCCGAAGUGGAGGCGAAGGUAAACUCCUCCGGAAAGCAACGGACAGUUUUGAAAUUGGCAAGAGAACGAAGGGCGCGAAGGAUAUUCACGCCGUCGUCUCAUUCUGUAGAUAGACGGAGGAGAGAAAAGGAGCCCUUUGGAAUCAAGCUCCUCUCUCUGCCAUUCCGUGGUUCGGGGGGCGACAGAGACUGGUUGGUUACGGGUAGAUUCUCUGACACUGGGAGUGAAAACAACGUGACACUACGAAGGAACAACCUGCCCGUUCCCUGCUUUUAGCCGCCCAUCCCUCCCCCUGGGUCAUCGAUGGCCAGACAGCGUAUACGGUGAGACGCCUCCUGAGGGUUCGACCACGGGGCAGCGGUUUCCAGUACCUGGUUGAUUGGGAGGGUUUUGGCCCGGAGGAGAGGUGCUGGGUCCCUGCUAAAGACAUCCUGGACCCGGCACUCAUCGCCUAUUUUCACCGUCGACAUCCCGGUCAGCCAGGUACAGCUUUAAUGAGGAGUCAGACCUAACAACACUGCUGAAGGGGGGCCCACAUGAACAAGUAUGGGGUCGCCAUGGAAACCGCUUCUCCUGCUGUCCGUCAUCAGUGGCCUUUCAGAUUUUUUCACAACUGUAGCAUGGAGGCAAGUGUCAUACGCAGCAGUGUUGAGAAUGAAACCGGACAGCUCGUCACUGCUAAGUUCACGGCCACAGCUUCGACACAGACAUGACCACGGUGAAGGGAUGUUGACUCCUGACUGGCCAGCAUCGUUCUCCAACCAUCACCUGUCUGCCCUCAGUCUGCUCAGCUCCCAGGAGGAAUACAGUAGCCAAGAGAGUGAAGAGUUUGGGCCAGUGUUUGUCCAGGAACCAGAUGACGCCAUCUUUCCGUUGCACUCUGAGGAGAAGAAAGUGAUGAUGAGCUGUGAAGCCAGAGGCAACCCUGUACCUGCAUACAGUUGGUUUAUCAAUGGAACAGAAGUGGAUAUUGAGGCAGUUCACCGUUACAGCUUGAUCGACGGCAACUUGAUAAUAACCAACGCCAGUGAGACGGCAGACUAUGGGAGAUACCAGUGUAAGGCAGAGAACAACUACGGGACGGUCCUGAGUCGGGAUGCACUGCUACAGUUUACCUAUCUGGGGGCUUUCAGUGGGAGGACGAGAGGAGGCGUGUCUGUAAGGGAAGGACAAGGAGUGGUGCUCAUGUGUACUCCACCCCCUCAUUCACCAGAGAUUAUCUACACCUGGGUUUUCAACGAGUUCCCGUCAUUUGUUGCCGAGGACAGCCGGCGGUUCAUCUCCCAGGUAACGGGCAACCUGUAUGUCUCCAAGGUGCAGCCUAGCGACGUGGGCAGCUACAUCUGUCUGGUGAAGAACACGGUGACCAACGCCAGGGUCCUCAGCCCGCCCACGCCACUCACACUCAGAACAGAUGGUAUAAUGGGAGAAUAUGAGCCUAAAAUCGAGGUGCAUUUCCCCCAAUCUGUCCUGGCUGCCAAAGGAGUCACAGUGAGUCUGGAGUGUUUCGCCCUGGGGAAUCCCGUCCCAACCAUAACGUGGAGGAAGAUGAACGGUAACAUCCCUAAGAAGGCUCGUCUGAGGAAGUCCCAGGCUGUUCUGGAGAUCCCCAAUGUCCAGCUGGAGGACUCGGGGACCUACGAGUGUAAAGCAGAGAACCCCAGAGGAGGAACAGCCUUUAAGGGACACCUCCAGGUCUACACCUUCCCCCAGUGGAUCAGCACGAUAAACGACAGCCAGUUGGACAGUGGAGAUCAGCUGCACUGGGAGUGCAAGGCCACAGGGAAGCCUAGACCCACCUACCGCUGGCUCCGCAAUGGAGAGCCGUUCACACCACAGAGCAGGGUGGAGAUGGGGAAUGGCGAGCUCAUCAUCCAGAAGGUCCAGCAGGCUGACUCUGGGAUGUACCAGUGUGUCGCUGAGAACAAAUACGGAGCCAUCUACUGCAGCGCAGAACUCAAGAUCUUAGCGUCGCCACCAGUCUUCAGACCUAACCCUGUCCAUCUGACCGCCACGUUGGGGAAGGACGUGUUGUUGGAGUGUAAACCCAGAGCAUCUCCCAAGCCUAGAGUAACAUGGAGGAGAGGAGACAGACGCAUUCAGACCAGCAGAAGGAUAAUGUUAUUACGAAAUAACACUCUGAGGAUCAUCAACUCCAGCCGCUCUGACGAGGGGGACUACGUCUGUCGGGCUGAGAAUCAGUUUGGCUCGGCUGAGAUGACGGCCAUGCUCCGGGUAAAAGAUGCCAUGCGUGUGGAAUUGAGCCCCAGCAACGUGGAGGUGACGGUGGGGGAGAGCGUGGUGCUCAGCUGUAAGGUGUCACAUGACCCAUCUCUGGAAGUGGUCUUCCAGUGGCUCCUCAACCAGCAGCCCCUCAACUUCCAACAGGAGGGUGGACAUUUUGAAUACAUCCAAAGACAGUCCUCCACGGUGGACCUGAUGAUCAGAAGCAUCUUACUGCAGCAUGCUGGGAAAUACAGCUGCCGGGCCCAGACCAGCGCCGACACGGUGUUUGCUGAGGCUGAAGUCCUUGUCAGAGGCCCCCCAGGACCCCCUGGUGUGGUGAUAGUAGAAGAGAUCAUGGCCACUACAGCCACCCUGUCAUGGAGUGGAGGGGUGGACAACCACAGCCCCAUCAGCAGCUACAAUCUCCAGGCCCGGAGCCCCUUUUCCCUGGGCUGGCAGACCCUCAGGACAGACCCAGAGCCAGUGACAGGGGACAUGGAGUCAGCCAUGGCUGUGGACCUGAACCCCUGGGUGGACUAUGAGUUCAGGGUGGUGGCCAGUAAUGCUAUCGGGACAGGAGACCCCAGUGCCCCAUCCAGAGGGGUCCGGACUAAAGAAGCAGUCCCAUCGGUGGCCCCAGCUAACGUCAGUGGAGGGAACGGCCGCAGGCAUGAACUGGUCACCUCCUGGGAGCCUGUGUCUGAGGAGUUCCAGAAUGGCGAGGGCUUUGGCUACAUCGUGGCAUUCCGAGCCAAUGGGACGCGAGGCUGGAAGGAAAAGAUGGUGACAUCAGCAGAUUCCACUACAUACAAGUACAGAGACGAGACCUUCCCUCCCCUCACCCCCUUCGAAGUGAAAGUGGGCGUGUACAACAACAAGGGAGAUGGACCCUUCAGUGGUGUGGUCACUGUGUACUCUGCAGAGGGCGAGCCCAGGGACGCCCCGUCUGAGGUGAAAGCUUCCAGCAUUUCCUCUAAGGAAAUUAAGGUCACUUGGAGACCGAUCAACCCUGGUCCUGGGAGACCACGGGGAUACGAGGUGAGCUACAGGAAGGACAGUGAGCAGGAGGAGUCAGGGAAGAAGAAGAAGACAGCCGGGAACGAGACGUCUAUGGUGCUGACAGGCCUGGAGGGGAACAGUGUGUACCUCAUCACAGUCAGAGGCUUCAACAGUAUCGGCCAGGGCCCUGCAUCAACCGCUAGCACCGCCAAGACCAAGAAAGACCCUCCAGUCCAGCCUCCAGCCAACCUCAUGUGGAUUCAGGAAGGAACUAACGUGUCUCUAAACUGGGAGCCAGUCAAGUCUAAAGACAACGAAUCAAAUGUCAUAGGAUACAAGGUGUUACUGAGCCAGGAGGGGCGUGUCCACCAUCAGGUGAUGAGGACGAUCAACCCCUCGGCUGUCCUCUCUCUCCCUGAGGGGGGCGCCUACAUCAUUGAGGUGCGGGCGGUGAGUGAGGGGGGAGAGGGAGCAACCAGCUCCCAAGUCAGAGUACUCACCUCUUCAGGUGUCCGAGCGAAGAGUGGCCAGUGUUCGGUUCACAGCCUGCUAUCGUGGGGCCUGACAUGGACUACUGCUCUGCUCCUCUCUGUUCCUCUGGUGCCUUCAGCUUCCUGGUGAGGCCUACACAGAGAGACCUCCUCCCUCACUCCUCCGUCCCGCCAUCCUCCUAUACAUGGAGGGACUGAACCUCUUCCAUCCCUCCCUUCCUCAGACUGUCUGUUUUCUCUGGCCUUACCCAUAAGCCAAUCAGGCCUGGGGCCUGCCGAGGACCUCCAUAUCUGACACCAACAAACCAAUGGAUGGUCAAAAAAUAACAUUCAUCUCUUUUAUUUAAGUAUACAUUUUUCGGGAGCUGAACUCAACAUUAUUUGUGAAAACAUGUUUUUUUUUGCACUUUUUUCCAAACAUCACUUGUGUUGUACUGUAGCUGUUGUGGAAAGACUUAGUUUAAUAAUGUAAUAUCUGCCCCAAAUGGCACCCUAUGCCCUAUAUAGUUCCCUAUGUGCCCUGGUCAAAAGUAGUGCCCUAUGUGCCUGGUCAAAAGUAGUGCACUAUAUAGUGCCCUAUGUGCCUGGUCAAAAGUAGUGCCCUAUAUAGUGCCCUAUGUGCCUGGUCAAAAGUAUUGCACUAUAUAGGGAAUAGGGUACCAUGGACCCUGGUCAAAAGUAGUGCACUAUAUAGGGAAUAGGGUACCAUGGACCCUGGUCAAAAGUAGUGCACUACGUAGGGAAUAGGGCGCCAUUUGGACCGCAUUUUACUUUAACUUUAUAGGGUUGUUUUCUGCCUGUCGACUGGUAUCUAACUGCUUCCAGAAGCCUGGUGACUGGUAUCUAACUGCUUCCAGAAGCCUGGUGACUGGUAUCUAACUGCUUCCAGAAGCCUGGUGACUGGUAUCUAACUGCUUCCAGACGGCCAAAGCCAUGAGGCUCUACAGAGUGUGAACAAUUCCCUGAAAGCUGCUGUUGAGGCAGUUCUCGCUGUCUGUAAGGCUGUAAAGCGGGAUCAGCCCGAUUCAUCCUGGCCUCUGCCUCCCUUCUCAUUAGUUAUCUGUAUCCAUGUAGUCCUUGGCUGCCUAACAAGCAGCAGCUCAGUAGAGAUCAGUGUUUUUUUAUUCAUAUAGAGUGAAGUGAAAGAAUAAACAUGUUUUAUAUUACCCGAGAAAUGUUACUACUUCCAGACUAGCUUUUUGUACAUUGUGUUACCAUUAGAAACAAAACUAAAAAGUGAGUGGUGUGUGUUUCAGCUAGGUCACGGUGUCUGUUUUUCUGAUAGCAAAGAUCAAUGCUUAUUAAUGUGUUGGACUGCUGAUGUAUCAGAGGUAAGGUGAGGCAGGUAUACCUGUACACCUGGACUCACCUGUAGUGCCCAAACACAUCUUUAGACAAAGACUUGACGAGUCUGUGGAGACUCAUGGUGUCAGUACAAAUAAAUGUGAUGUAUAUUUUUUAAA